AUGUGGAUUGGCAUGUUGUUGCUUCGCUGCUUUGUGUCUCCUAACACACCCACCAGGCAAGGCAGCGCCUGCUGGGAGCUGGGAACAGGAAAUACAGUGGUGAUAAUGGUUGGCUAUCCAAAAGGAAUAGAGAUAUUGGAGCCAGUACGUAGAGGGAUUCCAGUAAAAAUGACUAUUGUUGUUGGCACGCGACACGUGCAGGAAUAUAUUAGUGGUCAGUCGGUUGUGUUUGUAGCCAUUGCCUUCAUCACCAUGAUGAUUAUAUCGCUCGCUUGGCUCAUAUUUUACUACAUACAACGUUUCCUGUAUACAGGAUCACAGUUUGGAAACCAGGGACAUAGGAAAGAAACCAAGAAAGCAAUCAGCCAGCUUCAGCUGCAUACUGUGAAACGUGGAGAAAAGGGUUUAGAUGUUGAUGUGGAAAACUGUGCUGUGUGCAUUGAGAACUAUAAACUGAAAGACACUGUCCGAAUUCUGCCAUGCAAGCACAUCUUCCAUAGAACGUGCAUUGACCCUUGGCUUUUGGACCACCGAACUUGUCCAAUGUGUAAAUUAGAUGUUAUCAAAGCUUUGGGAUACUGGCACCAGAAAAGAGAGAUGAAGACACAUGCGGGGGACCCUGAAGAUGUACUUGAAGUUCCGAUACCUGAAUCAAUAAGUGGCAGUGUUUCAGUCGGAAGUCUGAGUAUUGUUUUACAAGAUGAUGACAGAAAUGAAGCGAGCGAAUUGUCAGCUUCCUCCACUAAUGAAUCUGUAUUGCAGUGUACCAGUUUAAAAGAGGACGCAGGCGAAACCACAGCAUUACUUGAUGUGGAUGUCCGUAAUAACCGGCAUGGAGAACAUCUAUCUAAUGGAAAUUCCCACUGAACUGCUUCAUGGAAGAUACCUUGAAUAGACUGUUGAAGAACUACUAUUUUUUAUUUAAUUAGUAUGGACUUUUGUCUAGUUAACGGAAAAAAUAACAAUGUAAAUUAUUUUACCUUUCAAACUUUUCUAGCUGGUGUUCCAAAAGGGCUAAUAACUAAGAAUUUUGUACACAGGAGGAUUUUAUAAAAUCUCCUCUGGAUGUCUCAUCCUAAAAAAAGAUGCAAUAACCCUUUUUCUGUAAGCAUUGUUACAAUGUCAUUGUGUUGCAGAGGGCUGUAACAAAGAUGAAGACUAGGCAGUGAAAACAAUGUAGAAUGUCUAAUGGAUAAAUAUUUUGAAUGCACUAUUUACAUUCAGUAUGUACACACAGAGAACACUUACAAGACUACAACUAUUAAAAUGUUCUGAAAGUUCUGAUCUGUUGUAAUUGGAGACAGAUAUUCUUAGAAAAGAGAUAGUCUAACCUUGAAGGAAUCAAAUAACUUCAUGGAUGUGUUGCACAUCCUUUUUUGUGAUGAAAAAAAUCACUAGUUGCAACUUUCCUUAUGUGUAACAAAUACUAAUUUGAUCUUGUAAUGUGUUCUACUUGGAGUGGAUGCUGAGAGACAAGGAGACUUUCUCCAUCUUGCUAGCAUUUAUACUGAAUUUGGCAGUAAUAGGUUGUGCUAGGUGGUCUUCACGUGCUGAGCAUGUAGACUUAUUUAGGUAUAUGCACACGGGUUACCUCUUUCAAUCUUAAACUCAGUAGAACAGAGGUAAAGGGCUAAUUAUGGCUAAAAUAUAUUUAUUAGUCUAUUUAUAAGAAUUUACUUAAUUCCUUCUUACUCCUGCUCCCAUCCUGUCCCCCUUCGUUAUGUACAAAUUGAAACUGUUUCUUAGGAUCUACGAAGUUUGGUUUUGUUUUUCCUUUUCCUUUGCAUAGAGAUGCUGGAAUUCCUCUCUUGGAUAUUUCACAUUAGGAGUUUUGACUGGGUUUGUCAUUAGCUUUUAUUCCUUUAUUUUAGAUUAGCAGUAUUGUGCCUUAUAGUAAAACACUUAAGAAACCUGAAGCAUCUGAGAGUAAAUAUAAACCCUGGCGUCUCCCAUUAUGACCUCUUAUUCAAAUAUUUAUAUACUGUAAGUGGUAUAAGGAAUUGCUAAACUGUUUUGUAAAGAAAUAUGUAUAUUUAAAACACUACUUAUUAAGAGUGUUAAGUGAAUUGCUUAGGAUUUUAGCAUUGUCAUGUUAUAAAUAAUAUGCUACAUUCCUCAAUUUUCUUUUGUAAAGCUGUUACUACAGGUUGCUUAAAACAGUGUCUUUUGCGAGACAUUUGUUUUAGAGUGCAUUUUGUUUUUAAAAUGUAUAUUUGGAAUGUUUUUAAGAAAAUAUGCAAUUCUUUUUCUAACUUAUAUUGAGCUUCAAUAGAAGCAAUAACUUUUUUUUUAAUUUUAGAAUGAAUGUUCCAGAAAUGACAGAGGUUUCAGCUGGGGAAAUAUAAUCUGAACUUCUACUUU